CGUGUUGUGACGCGCGACCGACUGUACCUGCCGCAGCGGGCAAGGACGACGGCUGCGUGCGCGGUGCGAGCUCGCCAGUCGGCCACAGCUCCGUCUCGGCACACGUUCUGCACACACCGCGCUCACACCAGCUGCCGGUGCUACCAGGCAAGGAGGAUAUCGCCUGACAAUGUCGCUUGCCAGUGACGUCAUCUCUCCUAACAUCUCAUUCACAGACGCGGCGCUCGCCAACUGCAGCCCGCCGGCCGUCGACGACUUCCCGUGGGACGGUCUGACGCGUGCAGAGCGCCAGCAGGGGUACGUCGCGCUGCACGCCGUGGCAGCCGCCUACCUGUUCGGCACGAUGGCCAUCAUCUGCCACAAAUAUUUCGUGCCAAGUGUACACCUGAUUGCAAAACGGCUGGGUGUGUCUGAUGAUGUAGCUGGUGCGACUGCCAUGGCUGCAGCCACGUCGAGCCCUGAACUGUUUGUGAGCUCUGUGGCAACCUUCACCAGUGACACAGAAGCUGACACAGCACUAGGAACAAUCAUUGGCUCAGCGGUAUUCAAUGUCUUAGCUGUUCCAGCAGCAUGUGGCCUUUUUUCAGCAGGAAAGGUAAUUGAACUCAAUAUAUGGCCAAUUACAAGAGAAGUUGUAGCAUAUGCAUUCUCAAUCAUCACACUUUCAGCAAUUCUUGCUGAUCGUCAUGUUCGGUGGUAUGAAUCAUUGUUUAUGGUCUGUUUUUAUUUUUCAUACAUGUCAGGUCUGUGCUGCAUUGGACGGAAAAUUAGUUGCUGCAACACAAAGCCAAGCAGAUCACUCUAUGAUGGCAUAGAUGAUUCUGCCUCUGAAACAGACACACUUUGCGGUGCAGAGCAAGAGGCAGUUGAAUCAGCAACUGCAGAAGACAUAACGCUGAACAAAGAAAUAGCCCCAUGUGGAAGAGUAUGUAACUUCAUCAUGAAACCAGCACAAAUAAUUCUGUUUUUGACAAUUCCCAACUGCCAGCAAAAACAUUGGGAAAGCUUCUAUCCCAUCACAUUUAUUAUGUGCAUUGCAUGGCUUGCUGUUACUUCAUACCUUGCUACCUGGAUGAUUACUGUCAUAGGAGACACAAUCAACAUACCAGAUUCCAUUGUGGGACUGACACUACUAGCUAUUGGUACCAGUCUUCCAGAAGCAAUGUCAAGCAUCAUUGUUACAAGACAAGGACGAGGAGCAAUGGGCAUCACUAAUGCAGUAGGAUCCAACACAUUCAACAUCCUUCUUUGCCUGGGACUUCCUUGGCUGCUGAAAACUACAGUGUUGACUGGUGGGAAUGGAGCCCACCAGGUUAACAUCAGCUCUGGCGGGCUACUUUACAGUACAGUUUCUCUUCUUGUGACAUUGUUGAUGUUCUACAUAUGUCUUGCAUGUUUUGAUUUCCAGCUUUGUUCAGUAUUUGGUACAAUACUUCUUAUCUUUUAUAUUGUGUUUCUAGUUCUUGCAUCUCUCGUCGAGCUUAAUAUUUUCUUUCCAGUUAACCUACCUGUAUGUGACAGGUGAAAUAAUAUCAUGUGUCAGACUCUCUUUCAAUGUAUAAAAUAAAGUAAAAACAUUGCAUCAUGUCAA